CUGGAUCUUUAAGGUUUCUGAAGUCCAGGGUCUCAGCCUGCUGUGAUUUCCUCUGAGGAACCGGAUCAGACCAGAUCAGACCAGAUGCAUUUGGACUCUGCUGUAAGUGUAAACACCUGGAGGAUGAAGAGGUGAUGAAGCGAUGAGUUUGUAGGUCAGCGAACAAACAGAGCGUCGCUGUGCCAGCCGGCUCCGGCCGCCCCGCUUCUCCUCAGCCUGUGAAGGUUUAACUUUACCAACAUCGCCGGGCAACGGGUCCAACUCCGGCAGCCAAUCAGAGGGCAGAGUGGGACGGUCGAGGAAGUGGAGGAGCCUCUCAGUCUGCUGGCCGUCGCUUCAGUUUUUACCUGUGAACAAAGAGUUAUCAUGGCGGAAAUCAAAACGGGAAUCUUCGCUAAAAACGUGCAGAAACGUCUGAACCGGGCGCAGGAGAAGGUGCUGCAGAAGCUGGGAAAAGCAGAUGAGACCAAAGAUGAACAGUUUGAACAAGUGGUCAUUAACUUCAGGAGACAAGAGUCUGAAGGCUCUCGGCUGCAGAGGGAGAUGAAGGCCUACAUGUCUGCUAUUAAAGGGAUGCAGCAGGCCUCCAUCAACCUGACCCAAUCUCUACAUGAAGUUUAUGAACCAGACUGGCAUGGAAAAGAUGACGUCAUGACCAUUGGGAAGGACUGUGAUGCACUGUGGGAAGACUUUCAUAACAAACUGGUGGACUCAACGCUGCUGAACCUGGAUGCGUACCUGCAACAGUUCCCAGAUCUCAAGACUCGUGUGGCCAAGAGAAGUCGGAAACUCAUUGAUUACGACAGUGCUCGUCACCACGUAGAAACUCUGCAGGCGUCUGGGAUCAAGAAUGACCGCAAGAUGAUGAAGGCAGAGGAAGAGCUGAAAAAAGCCCAGAGGGUGUUUGAUGAGUUGAACGUGGGUCUGCAAGAUGAACUGCCGACUCUCUGGGAUAGCCGGGUCGGCUUCUACAUCAGAACCUACAAGAGUGUGACAAGUCUGGAGGCAAAGUUUCACAGAGAGAUUUCUUUGGUGUGCAGGCAGCUGUAUGAAGUGAUGACCAAACUGGGUGAGCAGCACUCCGACAAAAUGUUCACCAUCCAAGGAGCACCCAGUGAUUCAGGACCACUACGACUUGCGAGGACCCCGUCACCACCGGAAGACGAGAGUCCACCUGAGAGUCCAGAUGCUAGCUCCAAUCAUAUGCUCCGUCCUGUCUCACCUGGACCACCACGACCCAAGUCCCCCACACAGUUUAAAAAGGGACCACCGGUGCCUCCACCACCAAAGGUCACACCUACCAAGGAGGUGGCAGAGGAGCAAAUCAUUGACCUCUUUGGAGGAGAAUUUUUACCGGCACCUUCACCAUCACAGCCCAAUGAACGACCAGGAGAAUCUCUUCUUGAUCUGGACUUUGAUGCUUUUCAGCCAGAUGAAAGUGUUUCACCAAUACCACAGACAGCUGUACCUUGGGAUAUGUGGUCGGCAAAUGCCCAAACAGCUCAGCCUCAGGCUGCAGACUCUGGCUUCAUCGCUGACUGGUCCGCAGACUUUGGUUCAGUGUCAGCAAAUGGAGAUGCCUCUUCAAGAGCCGAGGCCCCUGAUGCCCCUGGGGCCCCUGCUGUAGGCCUGGAAGGGGUGCAGGGUGGGGCACAGGGUGUGGCUCAGGGCUGGCCCCAGGCAGAUGGUUGGCAGCCAGGUGGAGACACAGCUACAGCUCCCCAGGACAGCGAGGCAGCCGCAACAACUGAAGAUGAGGUGACCAGUGCAUUUAAUGGAUUUUCACAGGAUGCUUCCGCCUCAUCAUUUUUUGCUGAUUUUGAUAAGAUGAACGAAGUUAAUGCUGAAUCAACUGAGGCUCCUGAAGCCUCAGAGAUACAAGCUGUCGAGGAACAAAACAAAUCUGCAACCUCCCCCCCUGCUGGAGACGAACCUAUAGCCUCCCCUCCUGGAGGAGAGGUGGAUGAACAUCCAGCUCCACCUGCUGGUGAGGUGGAAGAACCUGUAGCUUCCCCUGCUGGUGAGGUGGAGGAGCCUGCAUCUCCACCUGCUGGUGAGGUAGAGGAUCCUGCAACUACCCCUGCUGGUGAGGAACAUACAGCAGAAAGUUCUAGCAGCCCAAAGGAAGAGAAGCCUGCUUCGGUUGGAUCUCCCAGCUCUGAGAAGCCAGAACUCGGAGAGACUCCUCCUGCUGAAGAAGCCAAAACAUUCCCAGGAGAAGCAGCCCCAUCAGAAAAGAUGCCGAUCCCUUCUGUGGUGAUUGAACCUGCCUCCAGUAAUGAAGGGGAUGAUGACCGUGAUGCUGACAUUAUCUCUCCCACCACCAUCAGUGACAAUGGUGUGACGGCUCAAAACCAGUCUGUCAAACACAUGAGUCCGUCUGGUGGAGUGUCAGGACUCCCUGAUGACUUUCUCUACAAGGUGGAGACGAUGCAUGACUUUGAGGCAGCAAAUUCAGAUGAGCUUGAACUGAAGAGAGGUGAUGUGGUAUUGGUGGUUCCGACUGCCUCAGUAGAGGAUCAGGAUGCCGGUUGGCUCACAGGGAUCAAAGAACAUGACUGGUUAACCCUAGGAGCCAGUGCUCAAAAAGGACUGUUCCCAGAAAACUUCACCCAGCGUUUGGAGUAAGAUGUGGGUUUAGGUGGUGGAUAAAAUGAUCAGAAAUUUCACACCGUUGUCCAAGCAGUCCAGUCAGCAUGUAGCCAACCCUGUUCCUAAGAAAAACCUGUAGUCUUCUGCAACUGUCUGCUGGAUAACACAAGGCUUUCUCUGGUAGAUAAUACUCUACAUCGUAUUGAAAGUAAAACUCAUGGUAAUCAAUACUAGUACUAUUCCCAGCAGAAGUGAAAAUUAAAAGCAUGAUGUGAUAGUAUGGUGUACCUUUCCUGGAAGCGAAACUUUUUUUUCCAAAGAAAAAAUAUGAUGUAUGGGAAUGUUGCAAUCUCUACAUGUUCACACCAACAAAUGCAGGAAAAGUGUUUUGGAAGAAAACAAACAAGAGAAAAAAAGCAAAACUGCACCUUUUUUGCACCAAGUGUGUUGUACUGAUUUUGUUGCUCAGCUGUGGAAUAUAACAGAAUUUAUAGUGCUGUGAUCAAUUUAAAUGUUUUUGAGUGUGACAUGAAACUCUUGAGUUUGUUGUUCUUUUUAGACAUGUCAUUGCUGUUACCUUUGAAUCACUGUUAGUGUAUUUCUGUAAUAUGGUUGAGUGUGUGUGGUGAGUUUUGUUUGGCAUAUGUGGCAAUUAAUUAAGUUAUUGACGAGCGUGCUGUGUUUUUGCCAAAAGAAUAUCAACAUUUAUUAUUUAAACACUGGCCAACAAACCAGUGAACAUCCAGCAUGAAAAUCUCAGAUCUUUUAUCAAAGUAUUUCAAGGGUUAAUAAAAACAAAGAAUCUCUCCAUUAUUAAAAAUGUAAUAGUUAAUCUGUUAAAGUCACAUCAAGCUGAGCCAACCAGAGGACAGCUUGAUCUGAUCAACUAUUUACAUGUAAGUGUAUAGUCACAGGGAAGGUAUUAAUAAAUCUAAUAUGCAAUCUAUGUUGUUGGUAUAUUUUAGGUCUCCAUAUCCCAACAGUUCUGUAGAUCAAGGAACAUGAUGUCACUUCCUUUAAUAGUGAAGUUGAAUGUCAAUGUAGACUUUUUUGUGAUGUACAUAUCAUAACCAUUUGUGUCAUGAUCAAUAAAUGAGAGUUAAUAAGGUA